AUGUGGUUCGAUGUUGCCAUGGUGCUCAGGAAUGCCUUCUCCAGCUCCGCAGAGGUGCCCCUCCGCAGCAAACACAGGGUGUACUCUAUGACCAUGGCAUCACAGGGCAGUGUGAUCCUGCCGCCGCCGCCCGUGAAGCCGAACUCCUCCUUGGACAUCUGCAGGAGCUCGGUGAAGAUUGUCGUCCCGAGGCACGACAACGGCACAUCAAAACAUGCCCCGUCAAUCGUGUACACGGCGCAGUGGCCCUUACUUGCCACGGAAGUGCAGCACUUGUCGACUUCCUUUGCUGCCGUCCUCCAGGUCACUGAGUGUGAGUGGGAUGGUUCAUGGUUGCGCAAGGGACAAGGACAUGAGCCCAUGAGGACGUGCUUGGAGCCUUGGACUGCACAGAAUCCAUGCUGGUGCACCAUGCCGAGCGGUGUCGCUGGGAAGUGGCACGAGGACCCCAUGUUUGUUGGGGCCAACGUGGAGCAUGAGGGCCAGAUUCAGCCAGGAAAAGAAGGAGAAGCAACCAUGAUCAGUGCCAAGAGGCUCGUUCAGAUGGCAAAGAAGUGGCAGAGAAUGGCCGCCUUGGCAAGGAAGCGGCUUACCUCGAUGUCGGCGAAAGAAACUGAAGCAUCCUUUGGAACGUCGUCGACGGCAAUGGCCAGCAAGGACCACUGCGUCAUGUACUCCGCUGACGGAAGGCGGUUCGAGGUGCCGCUGGCGUACCUCGGCACAGCGGUCCUCGGUGAGCUCCUGUGCAUGUCGCAGGAGGAGUUUGGGUUCGCGAGCAACGGUGGCAAGAUCACGCUGCCCUGUGAUGCCGCCAUGAUGGAGUAUGCCAUGUGUUUGGUUAGAAGAGACGCUUCUGAGGAGGUUGUGAGGGCGCUCUUGAGCUCCAUGGUCAGGCCUUGCCACACUGUCAGUGUCUGUGGCGUGGCACCAUCGAUGGAGCUCAAGCAGCAGCUAGCCGUAUAUGUAUAG